GGAGAUGAACUAGAUUCUGUUAAGGCACUUCUGUCUCUUCCGGAGCCUCGUGCCCCAUCACAAUUCUCUCACGUCGAGAUACUUACUUGAAGUUGGGUAGGAGCGAUCGGCACGAUCGGCACGAUCGGCGCGAUUGGCAGGAAGGGCCUCCGAUCUCGAAACUACAUGCCAGAACUAAUCCAAUCAGUUAAUUCGAUUUCAGGAGCUACGAUGCUCCCUGAUGCGCUACAAUCAGCGACACGUCGCGCACGCAUCGGGCGACGUCAACGCGCCACGUCGGGCAAUUUGCGUACCAUUGUACAUACAUUGUCGCACGUACCGAAAGGAUGAAUAAUAGACUCCUGCGGGUUAAGAGAUUCGAGAGCGCAUCUCAGAGGUGGGUGGGCGGUGAGAGUGAUGUCGGCAGAGAGUGAAUGACUGGGAUUCGAGAAAUGGAUAAGUGGAGUGCGGAGAAGUAUAUGGGAGCGGGUGGGGGGAUGGCGAGAGGAUCAACUCUCGAGGCGGAACGAUUAAUCCGAAUCGGCAGAGUGAAGAGACGUUCACCGUGGCUGCGCUCCAGUAAAACGAACGCAGAAGAACGUAGUUUCUAGUACGGCAUAGCCGAUUGGACUAGAGUCCGUUGGCCGUGAAAAAUAUAACGCCAAAGGGAAAGGACGAGAUGACAAUAGACUGACCGUCCGAAAGAGUCUAGCAUGACACUGGCCUCCUAUUAUAAUUGAGGUCCGUAACGCUCUAAAACCUUCAAAAUAAGAAUUGAACGAAUAAAGUCCGAUCGAACGAAAAACAUUCGGCUUGCUUACUCCGCAGCACUAGGACUCUAGAGAGUACGUAGACUCGGGCGUUGCUUUUUUCGUGGUACAAUCUCCAAGGAUUACGUAUAUAAAUGGAAUCUGCUGGCAGUUCGCUCAACAUUCAGACUUCCGCCGUAGGUCUCGCAAGUACGGUCCUUCGAUCGGUCCUACCUUUCUGUCGCGGAGCCAUUUUCCUUCGAAUCGCAUCCGUAACGUAAGUUCGCCAGCUUCGAUUGACUCUCGCUCGGAUCGGCGUCUGGUUGAUUCGUGAGGCACGUGGACAACAGAGAGAAAUUGGCACGCAGCAAAAGAAAUGAGAUUGGGAGUAUCGCGUCGGACCAAGAUGCCGCGUCGGCGUCUGACUUUGAUAGGGCCGGGAGGGCCGGGAAGUUUAAUCGCGAUCGCCUUGACGCUGCUCUCCUUGUCUGUUUCGGCGAGCUCUUCGUCGAGCGAGCAAAGCAGUGCUACCCUCUGGGCUGGACUAGGAGGUUCCUGUUCCGCCGAGGACCCGCGAAAUUCUUCAGUCUCGUGCCACGGCGUCAGGAUCGUUCGGAGAGUCGUUCAGCAGUUGCUCGAUAAGUCUGGGAGCUUGCCAAGUCUCGAGCUGUCGGACGGAGUGACUCUGGUCGAGACGCCGGGAGCCGCCGAACGUUCCGUGAACGGCGGGAGCGCUCGAUCGGCCAGGCGGAUGAAGACCGGCCAGGAUGGGCCGAUGGGUCAGCUCUUCGAGUUCCUCGAGGAUCGGGAGCUGCGAGUCAAGCUUCCAAGUCUCCUGCCGGAUAAUCUCGAAUUAGCCCUUAAGGAGAGCUUACCGUCCGCUGGGCAAGGGCGCAAGGGCGGCGGCGGCGGCGGCGGCCUAGGCGGCGGUAAAAAAGGCGACGGCGGCAUGCUGCUGAUGGCUCUGAUGAUGGGUAAGAUGAUGUCGGCCCUCGGAUUCGGCGCCCUUGGUCUGCUGGCCAUGAAGGCCCUGAUGGUUUCCGCUCUGGCCCUCAUGCUAUCUCUCAUCGUGGCAGCAAAGAAACUUGCGGGCGGGCACGACGACGGAGGCGGACACCACGUCGUGUACGCUCAAGAAGUUGGGCAUCAUCACCGUAAGAGAAGCGUCUCGUCGGAGAACUUUUCCGCGGAUUACCUUAACCUUAACUUGCCCUACCGGGGAUAUGCGGAACUCUAUGCAACAAGGAGCUUGUGAUUGCGCGACGACCCCGCACCUUCACCAGUCACGACGAGCUUACGUGACACGUGCAACGCGCAACGCGCAACGCGCAACGGGCCGUAAGCUACGAGCAACGAGAAACGCCUGGCAGAGUGACAUUGUGACGAGGGCCGUGUGAUAAUGCCUUGAGGCGGUAUGAUGACGAUGACCGUGAUAGUGGUGGUGACAGUGACAGUGACAGUGACAGUGACCCUGACAGUGAUGCCAACAGCGACAGUGACAGUGACGAUAGCGCAACGACAACGACUUCGGUAGAGGCGUCGCAACUACAAUUAUGUUUGUGACUGUGAUGAUGACUUUAGGAGUGACAGUGACCGUGACUCGAAGAGUGAUUAUGACUGCGACGGGAGUGCAAUAUGGGAUUGGGCACGGUGCGACGCGGAAUGUCAGCGAGGACGACCAUGAACACGACCGUGACCGCGAUAAUGCAUGAAUGAAUAAACGUUCGCUCGUUGUGAAUUGCUUGUGAAUCUCGAGGCGCGUCCUCUUCGAUAUUAACGCGCACCAAUCUAUCUCAUCCAUCCAACGAGGAUACGAUCCGCCCUCUGGGAAACUUCCACCUUGCUUUUACAAUCUGACAGCUACCUCUU